AUCAAAUAGCAACACCACAAUUAAAUGUCAUUAUUCACGUCAAAAUUGUAAAAAUAAUGCUUUCGUUCGUUUCACAUGGAAUUUAGUUUAUAAAUAAAGAUAUAAAAUAGGCUUUGUCCUAAUUAAACAACUAUAACUUCCUGUACUAAUACUACCCAUGUAUUAGAACCUAUUGUGAAGUGCUAAUUUCAGUGAAGAACGAGGGUUAUUAAUCUUAGAUCAUAAUGUCGAUGCCACAUAGCAGCUCGAGUACGACAAGCUCUAGCACAAAACGCAAAGAAAUAUACAAGUAUCAGGCACCAUGGCCACUGUACUCAAUGAACUGGUCUGUACGACCUGACAAACGGUUCCGUCUUGCACUCGGUAGCUUUGUUGAAGAGUAUAAUAACAAGGUACAAAUUAUAUCUCUAGAUGAAGAGACAAGCGAGUUCAGUGCCAAGAGCACAUUCGACCAUCCAUACCCCACCACUAAGAUCAUGUGGAUCCCAGAUAGCAAGGGAGUCUACCCUGACCUUUUGGCCACCAGUGGGGAUUACCUUCGCAUCUGGCGUGCUGGGGAGCCAUACACUCUCUUCGAAUGUGUGCUAAACAACAAUAAGAACUCAGAUUUCUGUGCCCCGCUGACAUCAUUUGACUGGAAUGAGGUGGAUCCUAACCUCAUUGGCACGAGCAGCAUUGACACAACUUGCACUAUAUGGGGGCUGGAGACUGGACAGGUGCUCGGCAGAGUAAACGAGGUGUCUGGCCAUGUGAAGACACAGCUUAUUGCACAUGAUAAGGAAGUGUACGACAUAGCCUUUAGUCGCGCGGGCGGUGGUCGCGACAUGUUCGCGUCAGUGGGAGCCGACGGCUCCGUCAGGAUGUUCGAUCUCAGACAUCUUGAACACUCCACCAUCAUUUAUGAGGAUCCACAGCACACCCCCCUCCUGAGACUGGCAUGGAACAAGCAGGACCCGAACUACCUGGCCACGGUCGCGAUGGAUGCCUGCGAGGUGAUCAUCCUGGAUGUCAGGGUCCCCUGCACACCCGUCGCUCGACUCAACAACCAUCGCGCCUGCGUCAACGGCAUCGCUUGGGCUCCGCAUAGCUCAUGCCACAUAUGUACAGCCGGCGACGACCACCAGGCUUUAAUAUGGGACAUUCAACAAAUGCCACGAGCCAUUGAGGAUCCCAUCCUUGCAUACACGGCAGCCGAGGGAGAAGUCAACCAGAUCCAAUGGGGUGCCACUCAACCUGACUGGAUCGCUAUCUGCUACAACCGGCAUACUGAGAUACUGCGUGUAUAAGGUGCAAAUGACUUUUGAUUAUGUACUGGUUUCUGGGACAUAGGAUAAUUAGGGUUGAUGAAGAGCAUGGCGUUUUUUGU